AUGGCCGACGAGGAAGUGUGCGUCUUUAUGGACAUUGAUGAUGAGUGGACCUUACAGGACAUCACUUUACAAAUAGAGGAGUUUCGAAAGGAUAAAUCACUUGAAGUAAAUUACGAAAGCUCGUCUGCGGCAUUAUCACCAGAAGCUUCGUUGAUCUCUAGGGAAUCUCCAUCUAUGCCAUAUGUCGUUGUGGACACUAAUUUUCUUAUUUCGCAUCUAGCGUUUCUAAAAACUCUCAUUCAGGAGUACGCAAAAAAAAAUAGAUUGCUUAUCAUCAUACCGUGGAUUGUUUUGCAAGAGCUAGAUGGGUUGAAAAGUAGGCCAAGUAAAUCCUAUGAUUUUUCUAACGGUGUUCAACCUGACCUGCAGAAAUUGGCGCAAAAUGCUAUUUACUUUUUGCAUAAUUGCCUGGUCGACAAAGUGGAUGGUAUAAGAGGACAAAAACUUGACGAAAAGAUGGAAAAACAUGAACAUAAUGAUGAUAAAAUAUUAGAUUGUUGUAGAUAUUUUCGAGCGAAAACUUUAAAUCCAAUAAUUCUUUUGUCGAAUGACAAAAACCUGUGUGUCAAAGCUAUGGUUCAUGAAUUAAGUACAGCAUCAUAUAAAAAUGAGGGAGGUUCCGAUGGAAUCAUUAGGAAAAUUUUUUCUUUGACGCCGUACAGUAAUAAAAUAAUAACUAAACGAGACGAUAUCGUGACAACAUUACCCGGAUUCCAUGAACACAUUUCCACUAAUCGGCUAGAGCAUCACAGCAAUCCAAAUUUAGUUUACAAAAAAGAACCAGAAAACUUUAUAGAGGGUACAGAUAUAAUCAUGAUGGAUUGUGAUGAUACACUACAAAACAUAUCGUCUACUACGCAAAAUUCUGAACAUUGCGUAUUGAUACAAAUAUCUUCCACACUCAACGAUUCAGUGCCUUCGGAAGUUACUCUCGGACCACAAUUCCGAUUGCAAAAUUCUGAACAAUUAUAUUCUAGUUCGAAUUAUCAUAAUGAUCUUUUUGAUUCGGUUUCAUCGUCUCUAUAUGACUCCAUCCAUGCAUCAUCAAAUCGCAAGAGUAAUGUGCAAAGGGAUAAAACAAAUGGUCAAUAUUCAGCAGGAACACCUAAUUCGCUGACUGCGGAUAAUUCAAAACGUGGUAUUCCACCAUCGUCUUCUCUUUAUGCAUCCAUCCAUGCUCCAAAAAAUUUUGGAUCUUCCGAAAUCUCCGCAAUCGGUAAUAUCAAUAAAUUCCAGGAGGCUGAUAUAGUUUCGAUGAUGAUUUCGAAGAUUCCAGCGAUUCCCACAGGGGUAUUGUCAAAAAAUAUAGGGUCAUGUCACAAACAACUUAUUGACAAGAUAAUGUUCGAUCUCCAUACUUUUCUUCCACCAGCAAUGUUAUUCCAUUUUCAAACCAAUUUUGGACAAGACUGGACUUACAUUAUAAACGAACCUCAACCGUGGUCCCUAUAUACAAUGAUAAAAUUUAUAGAUCGUUAUUGGAUGACAGUUUUUUCCGACAUUUUUCAAAAGUCUCGUAAAAUUCAAGAGAUCACCAUUUCCAAUUUGUUAUACUUUAUACGUUCAUACCAACAUCGAGGUAUCAAUGGGUUCACUAUACAAGAGUUGCAACAAUUUAUACAAAAUUCAGAAAUUGUAUUAACGAUGCUUUAUGAUGGGGUAGAGGGAACUUGGUCAAUUUUUGAGAGAAGUAAGAUGAUAAGAAGUUGGUGGGAUGAAUUUGUGAAUUCUGUUUCUACUUGA